UCUCCCCUUCCUUAUUUCUGCUCCCAAAUCUAUUCAUAAUAAUAAAAACUUUCAUUCAAUUCAAAAAACUUCUGUAAAAAAAAUUGCGAACUUCUAUAAAAAACUUUGGAACUUUUAUAACUUUUUUUGAAAGGUUCUAUCUGCUACCGUAAAAUUAAUGAUACUAAAUUAUAAACAAACAUGGACGCCGUGCUGGAGCAAAUUGUACGCAGCCAGGUAGAAUCGUACAUGAUGAAUACUUCAAAGUCAACAGCAAGUAGUUGCUGUAAUACAAACAACCCCGAUGACGGUUCUUCAAGUUCUUCGAGCACUAGUAGUGCCAACAAAAAACGGAAACAGAAACUCGUCUUGACAAUUUAUUGUCAAGAGUUCGUCAAAAGGCUUCGUCAUCCUCUUCGAAAAGUUACACACCUCGAAAGAUCAAAAAAGUACAAGUGAAAUGGGAGCGAUAUAAUCCAUUGAGAGAAAGAUACGAAAUAGUAAAACAGAAAGAUGCGGGUGGAUAUCUAUUCAUCAAGGUGGAAAGUGGAACACCAUUGAACACCAUUUUGAAGAGCUUAAAUACAAAGCUUUGAAGUUGUAUUUUGACCAAAAUGACUGUAAUAGUUACAUAGAGGCAGAAUCAGAGUGCAUGAAGUCGUUAUGUGGUCCAAAUGGGGAAACAUUAGAUGAAGAUGAAGACCUUUGGGCAUACAUUGAAAGGAAAGGUCUAUUUUUAUCGAAGUGUUGGUUUGUUUUAUCAACUAAAUCUGUAGCAUAUGACCAUGAUAACGAGUAUGUAGAAGCUGGUCAAGAAACUUUGAAUAAUGAUUACGUUGAAACUUUCACUGAGAAAUAACAGAACCAAAGGAAAUUAGCAGGCGACAUAUAUGUUCUGUUUGUCAUUGCAGCUAUAUCGGAAACCAAUGUAUUAUUUGCUUCCAAAAUAAUGAGUAUAGUGCUUCUUGUAUUGCAGAUAGCAACUUGAACUUGUUUGGCAAUUUGUUUGAACCUUCUUGAUGAUGACUCUGAACUUUCAAAUGAAAACGAAGAAGAAAGGCCAUCUUUAAAUCAAUUGAGAGAAAGAAGGAUUCAAACUUUAGCUGGAGCUUCAAUAACUAUAGCAACCGGUGCGAUCUAGCCUUCAAAUUUGGAUAAUGCAAGCACAAGUUCUGAUGUUACAGACGUAGUACAGCACAUUGCUAAAAUACACUGCAUGACGAUAAAGAAAGAUUUGAUGGAUUUAUUUAUUACUAAGCAGAUCAAUGUGACAGAUGACAUCCGAUAUAUAUGGAUUGAUCCUCGUGGCCAAGAAGAAAAUGGUGCAGGGUCAGGUGUUUCUCGCGAUAUUUAUUCUUCAUUCUGGAAUGAAGUAUACAAUGCAUACUUGUAUGGUGAGCAAGAAAGAGUGCCACAAGUUCGGCAUGAUUUGUACAAACAAGAGUGGCGUGCAAUUGGCAUGAUCAUUUUAAAGGGGUCUGUUGACACUGGUUACUUUCCAAUCAGUUUGAGUCGAGCAUUUUUAUGUUUUUGUUUGUUCGGAGAAGUGCCAGAAGAGCUGCUCAUAUCUUCAUUCCUGAAAUACUUGUCAUCAGAUGAAAGUCAGUUGGUGACAAAAGCCAUUGCUAAAAGCGAAGGUGAGAAUGUUAUUCACAGUGAUGAAUUUGCUGAAAUUUUGGAACAAUUAAAAUGUAAAACUGUAGUAACAGAAUCAAAUGUGAAAUCAGUUAUCAUUGAAUUAGGUCACCAGGAACUUGUACAGAAAAGUCACAUUAUAGCCUCAUGUUGGAAAGUUGCCUUUUCAGAGCUUAAAAAGAAGCCAAAAUUUUCAUCCAUGGAGAAUAUUGUGAAGUUUUACGAAAGAUUGGAAUCAACCACAAAAAACGUUGAAGCCUUGUUCAAAAAUGUCCAUACGAGUAGCAGUGCUGAACAAGACUCAUUCAAUUAUUUAAAGCGGUAUGUGAGAGGUUUGGAAACCAUUAUGUUGAAAAAAUUUAUAAAGUUCAUAACAGGCUCAGAUAACAUGGUUGUUGAUACAGUAGAAAUAAUUUUCACGCGACCGGAAUCGAAUUUUAGUCGUAGACCAGUAGCUCACACAUGUACACCAAGCUUAGAACUUCCUUCAACUUAUAAUAAUUAUUGCGAACUCCGUGAAGAAUUCAGCAAUAUAUUGCAGUCAUCUGAAUGGGAGUUGGACAUCAUUUAAACCGAUUUUGGAUUCUUUCUUGUUUUGCUAUGUUUGAACUGACAGACAAUAGAGUUUCCAGUAUUCUGUUUUGUUAACACUUUCUUUAUACAAUUUUGGAGAGGGAUUUUAGGUGCAAUAAAAAAUUUUGUGUCGAUUAAUUUUUAUUGUGUUUUUUUAUCAAAUGCAUGAAUAUCUGGGAAAAUUGAAGAAUGUCUGAAAAUUAUGAAGGGGUCUGUUUCAUACUUUAAUAUUAAACACGUAAUACUAAAUUUGGAUUAAAAAAAGAGUUUAAACAGUUAACUAUGUUCUAUGAAUACUGUUCGAUCUUUGAUAGCAAGUACAUGUACAGACGUAACGCAUCUGAAAUAACAUUAGGAAAGUCCCAUCCAUUUUGCUGCAUCAAAGUUUGUGCGAACUCCUUGAACUCGGGGAAACAUUAGGGUGUGAAUUCCACUCAUCUCAAACAGUCUGCAACUCCUUGCAGAUUAACGGCGUAUGCAAUCGACUAAAACAGGAUCCGAACUUUAAAAACAUUUAGGUUGGUCAUAUCUCUGAAAAAUGAUUUCCACCAACCAAUGCAAUCACGCUGUAAGGUAGACCAGUAGGACUCAAUUUCUUUGAUUUUCUGAGGAAGAGAUAAUACUAAAAAAGCCCAAGCUGUUUUGACUGUCAGUUGAACUAUGUAAAUAAACAUGAAUUGGCUCAAUCAAAUAAUGUUUGGUACUGUCAUCUGAUCAGAUUAAUUUUCUCGAGAAGCCAUCAAUCCAACCGUGGAUCGAAAACCCAAAGGGUUUCAAUUUGUCAUGACCGUCAAUGUGCCAUGCGUAAUUAGGCCCUCGCGAAACAUAUUUGCGUCUGUGAAGUCGUCUGUUUAAUAAUGAAUAUAUUUAUGAAAAAAAUAAAAUGUGUUAUAAAAGUUUCAAAAACAAUUUGUAGAAGUUUCAAAAAUUUUUGUAGAAGUUCUAAAAACGUUUCUAAAACCUUGAGAGAUUUUAUAAAAGUUUCAAUUUUUUGUAUGGAAGUUUCAAUUUUUCGUAUGGAAGUGUGACCCUUCAGUGCCAUCGUACUCUUCCAACGACAUUUCAGCCUUAAAACUGAAUGACUUUAGAGUCGAAAUGUCUGGAACAGUGUUUUCUUCGUCACUGCACAAGAAACUAUAUGAUGCAUUUUUUUUGUUUCUUAUUCGAAAGUCUGUUGCAUUAAAAGCACCAACAUAGGGCCUCGUCUAGCUAUCUCAAUGUUUUGAACUAUAAAACUUCAUAUUCAAAUUAGAACCCAGUCUUUUUUAUUUUGACACGCUUUUCUCAAAAAGUUUUUACGGAGAUAUGAACAGGGAAUAUAGGUAUUUAGAGAUAAAUUCUUGUGUUUAUGUGUUAUUUUUCUGAUUUUAUAAGUUCAAAUACAAAUACGUAGUCAAAAAAAAUUUUUUACAUUUUUGAGGUUACUUCCUUUUUAAAUUUAGCAGAUAGACAAAGUAACUUCAACUGAUAAUCAGAGUUCACUGCAAAAUGCUAUCAUUGAUUUUAUUGUAGUAAAGCGGAAGACAUGGUGUCGCAAUUUCUCAUUUUAUCUACACGAUGUGUUUGAU